CAUGAUGAAGUUUCUCUAAAUUGUUCCGCAUCUAUCUUGUCUUCCACCAUAACGCAUCGAGAACACACAUCGUGCCUCAUUCGGAUAUUAAAAAGUUGUAUAAGUUGGGGGUGACUGAAGCAUAUCUCAGGUGACCAGGAAAUAAAGUGUGUUUAUCUGGACAUGGCCCGGCGUAUGUCGCCUGCUGUCGCUUUUCUAUUUUGUUUUGGAUUAUCGCAUGUGUUUGAGGUGGAAGGAAGAUUUCAACACUCUGUGGCCCUCCACAGGCAAAAGAGAGAAUGGAUCAUCCCUCCCCAAAUCCUAGAGGAGAAUGUAGAUUACACCAAGAAAGAAUUCAUUGCAAAAAUUCGCUCAGAUAAGGAUGACUUCCAAGGGAAGAAUGUGAGGUACUCCCUAAAGGGCAUCGGAGCAGACCGGGAGCCAUUCAAUUUAUUUGUAGUGAAUCCUGAAACUGGAUAUGUGAGAAUAACAGGGUUGCUUGACAGAGAGAAGAUCCAGCAAUACAAUCUUACAGGCUUAGCCACUUUUUCAGAUGGUCAAAUUGCAGAGAAUGAAAUUGGUCUAAGGAUAAAGGUGAAAGAUCAGAAUGAUAAUCCUCCAAUCUUUGGUCCAUUGGUCACUGGUUCUGUAGAUGAGCUCAGCCCUCCAGGUACACAAGUGAUGAAGAUUGAUUGCUCUGAUGCUGAUGAGCCAGGAAACCCCAAUUCUCAAAUCAAGUAUGAGAUUGUUGGCCAGCAACCAGAAGGGCAACAAAUGUUUACAGUUAACAGUGAAGGAAUAGUCUCUGUUAAGAGUGCUAACCUGGAUAGAGAGACAGUUGAUCAGUAUAUUGUGUUAGUCAAAGCCUCUGACCUGAAUGGUGCUCCAGGUGGCAAUGCUGUCACAGGCACAGUCACAGUCAAGAUCAAUGACGUCAAUGAUAACGUGCCUAUAUUGGAAGGCCCUUUUGAAGGCAGUAUUGAAGAGAACACACAGAAUGUGGAGGUGAUGAGAUUUAAAGCGACUGACUUUGAUCUUGAGAACACAGAUAACUGGGUGGCAAAGUGCAAUAUUGUUUCAGGCAAUGAGGCAGGAUACUUCAGCAUUCACACUGACGACAAGACCAAUGAGGUCAUCCUGAUGCUUGACAAGUCUGUAGAUUAUGAGGAUAUAAAAGACUUAAACCUUGGCAUCGGUAUAGAAAACAAUGCACCAUUCCACUCAUCUGUGACUGGAGGAAAUCAAGGAAUAAAUGUGGAUGGUGGUGGUGGAGGAGGAGGAGGAGGAGGAGGAUUUAGUAGUAGUGGUGGUGGAGCAAUGACAUGGUUAUCAAGCAGUCCGAUCUACCAUGUGAUCGUAAAGGUGAAAAACCAGCCAGAGGGACCCAAGUUCAUUCCCCAAACAAAGGCCAUCCCCAUCUCAGAAGAUAGUAAGACAUUUAACAAGAAUGAGAUAAUCGCAAGGUACCCGGCCAUUGAUACAGACACAGGAAAGGAAGCUACGAAUGUACGGUAUGCUAAAGGAUAUGACCCAGAUAACUGGCUGACCAUUGAUGAAAAGACCGGUGCCAUUAAAAUGAACAAAGUUCCUGACCGCGAGUCCAAGCAUCUAGUCAACGGAACUUACAUUGCCAAGAUUUUCAGCAUAACUAAUGAUAUGCCUUCUAAGACGGCAACAGGCACUAUUGCCAUCCAAGUAGAGGAUUUUAAUGACCACUGCCCCACUUUGUCAAGCCAAGUCCAGACUCUGUGCACUGACAAGGACGCUGUCUUUGUAACUGCAGUAGAUGAAGAUGCCCCACCCAAUGGAGCUCCAUUCACAUUCAGUGUCCCAGAAGAUACUAAGGGAAAGUGGACAAUUGAGCAUUUCAAUGAUACCACUGCCAUCUUUAGGGCCCAUGAAAAGCUGUGGCCUGGAAAAUACGAGCUUUCAGUGGAGGUGAAGGACCAGCAGGGGCUUGCAUGUCCAGAAAAACAGAAGCUGCCAGUGGAAGUGUGUACCUGUACAGACCAGGGUGCUUGUUCCAGAACAGGAACAGAUGGCGUUAAGAAGAGCUCCAAGUUUGGACCUGCUGGAAUUGGCCUGCUCUUUUUGGGAAUACUUGCACUAUUGCUCAUCCCGCUUCUGUUGCUGCUCUGUCAGUGUGGAGCAGCUGGAAUGGCAGGAAGAUUCACAGAGAUGCCCUUUGACACUAAAGAGCAUCUCAUCGCUUACCAUACCGAGGGCCAGGGAGAGGACAGGGACGUUCCAUUGCUUGCAUCUGAGGUUGAUGGACAGAACGGCUAUGGAAUAAAAGGGGGUGCAAGUGCUAGCCAUGGUGUGCUUGCUAUGCAGGGUGGUGGUUCCAUGUAUGGUGGUGGUUUUAUGUAUGGUGGAGCAUCGUGCUUCCAGGAGUCCACAUCCACAGUGGUUGGCCGAGGCUACAAUGAAAUGGAAAUUAACCAUAUGGAUUCGAUGGCUCGACAAAUGAAUGGUAACUUUGUGUCGAGAGAAAUGGGUGACAAUUUUGACGGGAUGGCUUUAUCUGAUGUGUUCUUGGAUGAAUUUUAUUCACAGAAAAGCCGGGGAAUGGAUGAUGGAUUUGCUAAGAAUAAUGCUCUGGUGUAUGAUUAUGAGGGAAAGGGCUCUCCUGUUGGCUCUGUUGGCUGCUGCAGCUUGCUCGAAGAUAACGAUGACUUAGCAUUUCUUAAUGACCUUGGGCCAAAGUUCACCACUCUUGCUAAAAUAUGUGGAGGUAAAACGGUGACAACUGUGGAAUCCGCUCCUCUUCUUCUUCCUCCCCCUCCCAAACCUGUUGUGGAGACGAUGACUACAUCGACCAACAUUGUAAACAGUGGGAAUUUCGCCACUAACAGUGUUGUAUCUUCAAACACAGUGAAUAUGGCUCCAAAUGUUGCUUCAUCAUCAUCUACUCAUGUUGAGAACGUGCUCAUCACAGCAAGCCGCCCUGCAAUGACUGCCAAUGUGCAGCCAGCUCAAACACUCCUUGUUCAACAGCAGCCAAUGUACUACAUGAUUGAGCCACAGCAAAGCACUGUAGUCCUAGCUGAAAGGCCAACCAUGGGACUUGGACAGAGCAUGUACGUGCUAAACAACGGCAACAUGGCGGCGAAUACCAUGAAUCGGGGUGAGAGAAUGGUGGUUCUAGACAGUGUCGGAUCUUCUCAAGCUCUCAACCAUGGAAUGCUGCAUACAAGUAAUAUGUCUGGAUCUCAAGUGCUGAUGGUGGAUGGGGGUUCACAGAGCAAUCAACUCCUUCAAGGGACAUUUCAGAGAGGGAUCGUGGGAUCUCAGGGCCUCAUGGUCAUGGAAGGACAAGGGGGUCAGAUGAUUCAGGGGUCCCUUAGAAGAGGUGUAUCUACUCAUGGAGGAUCUCAAGGUGUCAUUUAUGUAGAGAAUAAAGGAGGAUCUGGAGUUGUCCAGGGAUCUCCUCAGAAGGGUUUUGCCUCUACUUCAGGGUCAAUUCAUGGUAACAUUGAGUCAAGUGGAGCUUCUGUCCUGCUUAACCAAAAUGCAUCACAAAAAGUUGUUGUCCAAGAGAGAAAAGUUGUAACAUCGCAAAGUAUCAAGUAACAACACAACACA